CCUUCUUCUUCUCAUCCCCCCUCAUAUAUAACCCCCACCCCUCUUUUCAUUUCUCAAUCUUUCGCCAUCCCAUGUUUUCCUGCCUCUCUACAAACCUACCCCUUUACUCUGUUUUUUUCAGCUCCCCUGUUUUUCUCCAAGCUUCUUGAUUUGUAAAGUUUUCAUCUUUUUCCUCAUUCGGGGUUUUCUUGAAUUGGGCUGAUUGGAUGCCAAUGAGAGAGAAGGUACCUGGCCAAAGAAAGGGCAAAGAUUAUAUGGAGUCGAGGAAAAAUCGUAGGAGACAGAGGAGGUUGUUGCCUGUUCAGGUUUUGUAUAAUACUUGUGAACAAGUUUUUGCUGAUUGUGGACCUGGGAUUGUUCCCGACCCUGAGAAGAUACGGCUUCUUAAGACUGUUUUGGAUGGCAUAUCAGGGGCAGAUGUAGGCGUGAACCCAAAUAUGCCCUUUUUUAGGGAACAAAAGACAGAAGGUUUACCUACCAUAACAUACCUACACAUCCAUGAAUGUGACAAAUUCUCGAUUGGGAUCUUUUGCUUGCCGCCAUCAGCUGUUCUUCCGCUUCACAAUCACCCUGAAAUGACAGUUUUUAGUAAACUUCUAUUUGGCACUAUGCACAUCAAAUCUCUGGAUUGGGUAAAUGGUAUUCCUAGCAACAAAGUCCCGGAUGGCGAUUCCUCAGAUGCAAAUGGAGCUCUUUCUGCUGAGGCAAGGUUGGCGAAGGUCAAGGUGGAUGCUGAUUUUAUUGCUCCGUGCGAUACUUCGAUCCUUUAUCCCACUGACGGAGGUAAUAUGCACUGCUUUACAGCUGUAACACAAUGUGCAGUGCUAGAUGUGCUUGGACCACCAUACAAUGAUGCCGAAGGGAGGCACUGUGCCUACUAUAUAGAGCACCCACUUGACCGUAUUUCAGCCAAUGGAAUAUCAAUUGCUGAGGAGGAGAGGGAAGGCUAUGAAUGGCUUCAAGAGAGGGAUAAGCCAGAAGGAUUAACUGUAUAUGGAGUGCCAUACAGUGGACCGCCGAUUGCCAAAUGAAAGACUUUGCGCAGCUGAUGUUUCUUUUUCUUCUAUAGAAGUAGCGUAGCCAUUUCCCCGCUGCUGCAUGCUAUGCAGAAAAGACAUACUCUUUGUUUCCCCUUUCAUUUUACAGUAUUUUCCUGUUAGUGUUGGGAUAGGAGUGGGACUUAACCUUCUUUCUUAGCAUGUUAUGUACAUCAAUGAUAAGACAAGGAAAAAAGUUGAAUUUUUUUGGUCUGCAAGAUCAUUUUAGAGACA